CACUUUCGAUUCUUUCAGCUCAUUUUAUACACGCUUCCCACACAUUUUUAAUCAACUACGGUCAGGUACCGCUGGACACAUCCUCCAAAUUUCAAUCGAUCAUAUACUUUAAACACACCCCUAACCGCCCCAACUACCUACCACCAAUUCGUAAUGUCCUCAACCUCGAUCUCAAGCGUGCUCUUCACAUUGCUCAUCCUCAUCUUACAAACCCUCACCACGGUAUCGGCAUUACCUACCUGCACCCCCGCCGCGGGCGCCGGCCCACGGCUCGAGACAAGAGCUUCAAACUCUGAUAACAACAAUAGUAAUAGUGAUAAUAGCGAUAACGGCGUGCAUAGUAAUGACACCGCCGCUUCAAAUAAAGUAACACCCGCCCAAAUCGCCGGCCUGGUCAUCGGCGCUCUAUGUACCAUUGCUCUAGCUCUGAUAUUCUGGUACUGCUUUCUACAGCACCAGAGCAGGAAGCGGGCUCAGAGGGCUCUGGACGAGAAGGAAGCCGCAAUUAAGCACACAAAACGGGUGGAUAAUAGUUACGAGUCAACAGGGGGUAUCUAUAGACCGUAUGUCUGAUUCACGGCUGGCUUGCCCGCUAGCUGAAGGACGUUCUGGAAGGAUUUUUUAGGCCCCACCGCUCUUUUAUUUUUCUCCUUUUUUCUCUCUUGGACCCACCAGCACUGUACCCCUCUUUGUCUUCGGUGAUUGUACGAGUAUGGUGAAUACGCUACUCGCAGAAAGUUAUGUACAGGUUUAGGAUUCUUUACUUGCGGCGUUGGAUCGGUGUUAUGCAUACAUACGGCAGUUCUUUCCUUUCCCUUUACUUGUCUAAUACGGGGUAAUCCCCCCUAUCUUAGCUGUUAUAGAUUGAAAAUAUUACAUGAACUUAUGAA